UGCUGCUUCUUACACAAUGGCCAUUUCCGCCAGUUGGACUCGCUGCUCUCGACCGCGUUGAGCUGCCUGUGUUUCUAUGUUUACAAUUUCUUUGGUCCAAACGACCCUUUUCCGUUAUAAAUCGUGUAUAUAUGUCGACCGUGCGUCAGAUAGUGAAAUAGGUUUCAUUUCGAAGAGGUAUAGGUUUAUUUUUGAUUCUUUUAAAGUGUGAAAAUCCAGCUUGAGGCCCAGCUCGGAGAGCUCGAGCGGAGCACAGCUCCGAAAAGUUUGUUGUUGUCACGUGACGCGGGACGAAUGUGGCGAUAAAAAAAGUUUGUUUAGAUAGUAAAACUAGGCGGCGUUUUACGUUUUUUUCUUUUGUUGUUGUUUUUUUUCCCGACCCCAAACACAGCUUCAACCAUAAUGCCUCAACCUAAAUACAGAAAGAUCGCAGUCAUAGGUUACCGGUCCGUAGGGAAGUCCUCUCUUACAAUACAGUUUGUUGAAGGGCAGUUUGUCGACUCGUACGACCCAACCAUUGAAAACACUUUUAACAAAAUGGUCAACGUGAACGGUCAGGACUUCAAUCUGCAGCUGGUCGACACAGCUGGACAAGAUGAAUACUCAAUUUUUCCUCAAUCCCACUCAAUGGACAUCCAUGGCUAUGUACUCGUCUAUUCAGUGACUUCCAUGAAAAGUUUUGAAGUUGUGCAGGUUUUACAUGACAAGCUGCUAGACAUGGUUGGGAAGAUUCAGGUUCCAACCGUUCUUGUAGGAAACAAAAAGGAUCUUCACAUGGAAAGGGUUAUCAAACCAGAGGAGGGAAAAAAACUAGCUGAUUCCUGGGGAGCUGCCUUCAUGGAGUCCUCCGCCAAAGAAAAUGAGACUGCCGUGGAGGUUUUCAAGCGAAUCAUUUUGGAGAUGGAAAAGGCUGACGGGAAUGCACCGCCAGAGGAAAAGAAGUGUUCCGUGAUGUAAAGUGUUCUGCAGGACACCAGUGAGCUGAUUUACUGAAGACAUCAGGCACAACUUCACCAACUUGCUAGCUGUGGCCUCAUGGAUGCCAGGAUGCAGCAGAAGAAUGUUUGCUCUCCCCUGAGAAUUCCGAUUUAUAUCCAUAGCCAAGCAGCUGUCCAAAACAUCCCACAUUUUGGUCCAUUAUUUCAGCUGAUAAUUUUCACAGAUGCAAUCUACGUUCACAUUGCUUAAAAUGUGUCAUAAAAGAGGAAUUCCCUCAGUACUCUGGGAGGAUAUUCAACGGAUGAAAUCUCACUGAGUUUUUUUUUUUUAGUUUUCACUGUAAUCUCUAUCUACUCAUCUUCAGGUACCUUUCACUCCCGAACUGUGGUUGUGUCGCCAUGACAUGAUUCCAUAAUUGUAUAUUUUUUUACUCAUUACCAAGAUCCAUACAUACAUGCCUUUUAUCUGUAGUAACUAUUGCUUCCCAUUCAGCGUAAUAAAUACUCCCAACUUCUACUUGUAGAUGGAGAGGAUAUUUGCUAAUAAGUUAUGCCCUUUAUAUACAGAAUAUGUACAAUCUUAAGUUUCAGUUUUUGAAAUGCAUUUUAGUAUUACAAAAUACUAUGAAGGAGGCCACAGAGUUAAUAUGGUAAUUUUUUAAAUUGUUGACAUGCUUAAUAAAAACCCAACCUUAGUGCCUGUAGCUGUUCUGACAAACGGUCACUGUCAAACACUUGAAAUCCGAUGGUUUUGUCUUGCUUUUUAAACCUUUAGCCUAAUGUACAGUAGUUUCUUUCUCUGAAAGCCUUUCAUUGUAGCUGUAGUGGAUACUUCUAACUUCUUAAAAUGCUUUGCAUACAUAGUUAAAUGAUGGGUAACUGAUGGUAGUUGAGCAAAGGCUGGUGAUGCUGUGUCUUGUGCCUUACAGAUGUUCAAACUACUGCAUCUGCUUCCUUUCCUUGACUCAAGGUGCUCUUAAGUUUAGUUAGUGUUUUUUUUUUUUCUCUCCCUUUCUUUUCUUCCUUCUAUUGACUUGACGCAAUAGGUGCAGGUGUUGUACACCUGAACAGGAGUAUUCCCCUGUGGGUCAGUGGUAAUUCAGAAAUCAUGCUGUAAACUGUUUUGUAAAUAAACAAACCUGUCACUUGUU